AUGCAGAUGCCACGCUUAUCAGGGAUAAUGCCGUCUCUGGCGUUCAUCUCAUCUUUAAGCUUGAUUUCCCUGGUUCGGCCCGUCUUAGCUCAAACUGUUGUUGUAACAGUCGGGCCCUCAAUUCCAACCAAUGCACCGGAGUUUGUGAACGAGGAUACGUUCACAUCAGCCAUUCUAAAUUCGACAAACUUCUACCGCAAGGAGCACAAUGCGUCAGAUGUGACUUGGAACUCGACACUGGAGAGCUACGCGACAGACUACCUGGACUCCACCUGCGACUUUGAGCACAGCGGCGGGCCCUACGGCGAGAACCUAGCGAUUGGGUGCUCAAACGCAACAUCUUGCGUCGAAGCCUGGGGCAACGAGAGGGCGGAGUAUGAUUUCAGCCAUCCGGAUUUCUCUGAGCAGGCAGGGCACUUCACACAGCUGGUUUGGAAGAACACGACAGACGUCGGGUGUGGUGCCAAGCUCUGUGGUGAUAGCGGAUGGUAUCUGGUUUGCGAAUAUUGGCCGCGCGGCAACGUGAUUGGCGAGUUCGGCGAGGAGGUGAACCCCGAUGUCAAUGGAAAUUCCGCUGCCGCAAUGAGACCACGCCUCAUUGUUCCACUUGCUAUAGUGACAGCAUUGAUCUUGCUGUGA